AGAAGCAUAUAUUUUUGGAUAUUGCUUGCUUCUUAAUUGGAGGGGAUUUAAGAUAUGCAUCCUACAUGUGGGAUGCCUGUACUUUUUUUCCGAAUAUGGGGAUUGAAACAUUGAGUUUUAUGUUGCUAAUAAAAAUUGGAGAUGAUGGAAAGGUGCAAAUGCAUGACCAACUGAGAGACCUUGGUAGGGACAUUGUUCGUCAAGAAGAUUACAAUGUGCCUAUGAAUCGAAGUAGGUUAUGGGUGCAUGAAGAAGCCUUGGAAGUACUUGAGAGAAAUAAGGGAAUUCAAAAAGAUAGCAUUCAUGCCCUCUGUCUUGAGGAAGACUGGAGGAAGGGGAAACUUUCUGUUCCUCGGUCGGAAUCGGAUGGGGAAUUCACAACUAAACGAUUUGAGACACUACCGAACCUAAGGUUCCUUGCAAUGGGUGGUGCAAAACUGAUUGGAGAUUCCAGAAACUUGCUUCAUAAUUUACGGUGGCUCGUGUGGAGACGUCCUACAUGCGCGGCCACCAGUUUUUCUUUGGAGGGAUUAGUCAUAUUUGAUUUAUCAAAAAGUAGCAUUUUAGAGUCAUGGAAAUGUUGGAGCCAUCUUAAGAUGGCAAAGCAGUUGAAAGUUCUAGAUCUUAGAGUUGCGGUCGUUUAGGAGUUACGCCCGAUCUGUUAGCCUUCCGAAAUUUAGAGAUAACUAAGCUUAAGAGAUGUUGGUAUCUAAAGCAAAUUCACCCUUCUAUUGGAGCAGCCAAGGGCCUCCUUUAUUUGAACUUGCAGGGAUGUUCUCAACUCCAUGAG